AUGCUCUCGAGUAUUUUGGUGCCGAUCUCGCUUGCGGUUGCGGUUGCGGCGGUCAUCGCUCCGCCGAUGCCCCUUCAGCCACUGCCGCCUCCAUCCGCGAAGCAUGGAGCGCUUGCUACUCAGGCCACGACAUACUACUUCGACCAGCUCAUCGACCACAAUGAUCCCAGCCUGGGGACGUUCCAAAUGCGAUACUGGUUCGACUCGACCUUUUACAAGAAGGGCGGCCCUAUCAUCUUCAACACCCCUGGAGAGGCCAACGCCGCGCCGUACACGGGUUACCUUACCAACUCGACGAUCAACGGCCAGAUAGCGCAAGAGUUGAAUGGUGCCACAAUUGUCAUGGAACACCGUUUCUUCGGUCUAUCAAACCCGUAUCCGGACCUGACUGUGAAGUCGCUCAAGUAUCUCACGAUACAGCAGGCAAUAGACGAUUUCGCAUACUUCGCUGAAACCGCAACGUUGCCGAUGACUGGUGGUGAUGCCGUUAAACCUGAUCAAGUGCCUUGGAUAUUUGUCGGCGGAAGCUACUCGGGUGCUUUGACUGGCUUUGUGUUGCAGAAUAAGCCCGACGUGUUCUGGGCCGGAUACAGCUCCUCCGGGGUGGUCGAGAGCAUAGUGGACUUCUGGAGGUACUUCGAACCAAUCAGGGAAGGGAUGCCGACCAACUGCUCGGCCGACGUCGCAGCGGUGAUCGCUCACUUCGAUUCAAUUGCCAAUGACACGGAUGCCUUUGAUGCGCUCAAGGCCCAAUUCGGCAUGGCGGAUGUCGUUCAUCCCGACGAUGCGACAGGAGCCCUGCGCAACAACCUCUGGGACUGGCAAAGCCUACAGGUCUACUCUGGAGCCGGUACUCAGUUCUAUGAAUUCUGCGAUGCCCUCGAGAAGGAUUCCAACGGGACAGUGGCACCUGCCACUGGUUUCGGACUGGAUCAUGCUCUCAAAGCUUGGAGCUCGUACUUCAAUAGCACAUACCUACCUUCGCUGUGCGGUGACCAGAACCGGAAUGAUUGCCUGGGAACGUACGACCCGAACGCGACUUACUACACCAAUACCGAGGUCGACAAUGCCGGCCGCUCCUGGACAUGGAUCGUGUGCAACGAAGUCGGGUACUUCCAGGAUGCUGCCCCGGAAGACCAUGUGACUCUUGUAUCGCGCCUGGACCAGCCCAGCAGUGACGAGCGCCAAUGUCAAUGGAUGUUCCCGGAGGCGUUCUCCUCCCCACCGGUCCCCGACGUGGAGAAGACCAAUGCAGCUUAUGACGGAUGGGAUAUGAAGGUACCGCGGGUAUUCUUUGCGACGGCUCACCGUGACCCUUGGCGCGACGCGACCAUGGCCGCUGAGAAUGUCACGCCUCCCAAUACCGACCCCUCCGACAUCGGCAUUAGCGACGGCUUCCAUUGCUCUGAUCUUCUCACUCAGAGUGGUGUGGUGGAUAGCACGGUGCUCGCCGUGCAGAAGACAGGGCUUGCUAAGCUCAGCCAGUGGGUGAAGGAGUUUGAACCUGCGUCAAAGAAGCGUUCUCUGGGACGUAGCUAUGGGUACCCCGUUGGCAAGCUUUAA